AUGUCGCUCACAUCCUCCCUCAAUUCCCUCACCAUCUCCACCCCUUUCCUCCAUGGCUCCACUCCUCUGUCCCGCUUCUCCAAACCCGCUCUGCAGCUCCCUUCAUCAAGGCCCUCCACAUUCGUCCUCCCAAUUCGGGCAAUGAGGUCGAUGCAGGGCCGAGUCGUCGCAUCCUCCGGCAACAAGACGGUGGCGGUGGAGGUCACUCGACUCGCCCCUCAUCCCAAGUACAAGAGAAGGGUCCGGAAGAAGAAGAAGUUCCAAGCCCACGACCCGGAUAACCAGUUCCAGAUUGGGGAUUUCGUGCAGCUCGAGAAGAGCCGCCCUAUUAGCAAGACUAAGACUUUCCUCGCCGUGCCCUUGCCCGUGAAGUCGAAGAAGGAGAAGAAAGCAGAAGGCGGCGAAGAGGCUAGUUCCUCCGACCUCGGGAUUCCUUUGGAGUCUCAGCAACAGGAACUUCAGGCUUAG